CCGUUGCACGACACGGAAGCGUUACAGCGCCCGAUGAUUUGUGGCCCGUCAUUAACGUCCACCGGAUGAAAAAUCGAGUUGACUGAGUGACGGAGGGGGUGACCCGGAGGGGGGGAAAGAAAGGAGGGAGGGAGCGGCAAUCCCCGGUCCUCCCGAGCCAUCCGCAAGUUUAGUUUUGUGCCAUCGAGCAGCUUCUUUCGACGUGCCGCGGUACGGCACACACAAACUGGCACAACACACGCGCGCUUCCCUACUUUCGCCCCUCCCCCGGCAGACGUCGAGCUGGGACGCCAUUGGACGGGCGCCGGUCACGUGACCGAACCGAAAUGGUCAGAUUUUGUUAUCAAUCCAGAAAUGCACCUCAAUGCUGGCCGAAUGCAAGACGAGUGGCCGUGUGAGAUUUCCAACACGGGUUUACCACCGUCACACAGCGCCCAUGUCGCCUCCUCCUACACCUCCACCUUGGCGACAGUGGGCUACGUGCACUGGAUUACUGCGAAACUGAACAGUGGAUGUGGAGGGAGAAGAAGCUCAGCACACACCAAGAAACCAGCAUGGAGACUGGGUGCGAAGCCGGGUUUAUCAACAGUCAACCGUCCAUGGCUGAAUUUAUGACAGCCCUGCCUCAUAUCAAUGAAACGUUUCGGCCGAGCUCAUCAAUCAACGGUCCGGUCAUGCCGCCACCUACCCUGUGCCAGCUCGAGAAUGCGAAUCAGCUGCAGGUCUGCGCCGGUACCCCAACGUCCCCUUCUCCACCCGGCAAACACGCGUCGGGAAAUGGUUACAACGUCUCCGUACCGGAGUACCCAUGGAUGAAGGAGAAGAAGACCACGCGUAAGCAACACCAAGAGAACAACGAGAAUGGGAUGCCACGACGUCUUCGAACUGCUUACACAAACACACAGUUGUUGGAACUGGAGAAGGAGUUUCAUUUUAAUAAAUAUCUGUGCAGACCCCGGAGGAUAGAAAUUGCAGCAUCUCUGGAUCUAACAGAGAGACAAGUGAAGGUGUGGUUCCAGAAUCGUAGAAUGAAACACAAGAGGCAAACUAUGAUGAACAAAAAUGACGAUAAGAAUGGGGAUGCGGGAAGUGAUACCAAAGACUCGGAUUCGGAUCGUGGCCCGCCCCCACCUUCUAGAACGCCCGACGGGGACCAGAGUAGCAACAGCGGGACCAAAGAAUGUACCUCGACUGGUACAACGCCUCAAGAAAGCACAGCGACUCCGGAAACGUGUUGCAGGCCCUCGAGUCCCAAAACAGAAAUUCUAAAAGAAGUAGAGGCAGAGGAGCAUCUGCAGUCACCCGUGACGGUGAGCUCUACACCGGUUCAUUCUUCAUCCCCCUGUAGUCAAGGUGACAGAAGAGGAACGCCGCAAGACAUUCAGGAUGUAACUGCUAAUGCAACUGUGGCUCAUACUGUUAUAUGCGAACCACCUGUAACUACUACAGCGGCAAUUAGGAACAUAUGCCCUGUGACGGCGCCAGAUAAAGUAAUGAGGGUUUGCACCAUGGAGGGCACGAGCACUCAUUGUCAUCAGCCGUGUAACACAUUAUCUCGCACACCACCUGGUGGACAGGCAACUAGCCCGGGCAACGGAUAUUCUUCACAGAUGACCCAAUCUCCCAAUUGCCAGAGAUCCAGACUGUAUCCCUCUUACACGGAUCCGGCCAUCACCUCAACGAAUUACACACAGAGAGGUCCUUCACCUUCUAUGUCCAGUUAUUGUUACAGAACGUCACCUCCUGCAUCUCACCAGACUUUACAUCCUCCCCAACAAAUGGACAACGGUUACACGUUCCACGGGAGCUACAAAGUUACACCACCUCCUGUUUAUUAUCCAAACUCCGGUAGAGUGCCUCAACAAUCUCCUAAUGGGUGUGUGCAAUCACCACCCAUGUAUACAGUGCAACCGACAGCCAUACAGAACCACCGCGGACAGCCUAACAAUAAUAACAGUAUCAUACAGAACAAUCCAAUCCAACAAACCAGCCAACAGCAAAGGGUACCCAUGCACCAAACCAGGCAGUACUACCCUGUGGAGCAAAUGAGCAACCAAACCUUAUCUCCCUCCCCUCAUCCAUAUCUACAAGACUAUAGGGGACAAACACCCGAAUAUAAUUCUCGCAAUUAUGCAAAUUACGAGGCGUUACCUACCGAAGAUCACUACAACAAUAUGGCACCGGCAGGUAACGGCGAAUUCUGUUACGCUUCUUACAGAAACGACUAUACUGGGGAGGACAUGAUGCCAUCGGGUCAAAACAUGUAUUACGACAUGAAUCAAGGUUCCGGCAACCGAAUACCAGAUUAUAGUGCCACUGCACCCAAACAGACACUCCAGACGUCUAACUAUUACGAGAUGAAUAACGUGGCGGAUACAGCCGCCAUGUCCAACUAUACCAAUCCUAACAUGGCGUCGGAACAGUACAGUGGGCAGUGCACAGACUCGGGUGAUCUGAGUUAUAAUUAUAACAAUUAUUACGACAACGGAACUUAUAACAAUAACACAAACAAUAACAUGCAAAAUGCAAGUGGUACGAACGACUUUAACUUCUUGAACAUCGCCAACGACUAUUCAGCACCCGAGUAUUAUCAAUUGAGUUGAUUUUUGACAUGAGGAACAUUAUAUAAAACUUUCGUGACGACCGCUAUCGUAACAAAAAAAAAAAAAAAA